GGUAAUUGUUGGAGGGUCUAUUUUUCAUUCCAUAAAUACCUCUUUGAUAAGCCAACCCACUUCCAUAUUUUGCAAUCAUUUUAUCAUAGUUGCAUCUUUACACCAAAGAACUACAAAAGGUAUAACCAACACUUAUAAUAUAUAGUUACCCUUGUUUCUUUCAAAUCUUACCCUAAAUUUUCCUUCUCUCUUUUUCAUGCACAAAAAAUCUAGAUCGCACUAAAUUCUUCAAAACAUGGAGCUUCCAAAUCAUGAAGAUGGAGAAGGAUCUUCCCAAAAGAAAAUGGGAAGAGGGAAGAUUGAAAUCAAGAGGAUCGAAAACACGACGAAUAGACAAGUCACCUUUUGCAAACGACGCAACGGAUUGUUGAAGAAAGCCUAUGAAUUAUCUGUUCUUUGUGAUGCUGAAGUUGCUCUUGUUGUCUUCUCAACUCGUGGUCGCUUGUAUGAGUACGCAAACAACAGUGUUAGAGCAACUAUUGAAAGGUACAAAAAAGCAUGUUCUGCUACCACUAACGCAGAAUCUGUAUCUGAAGCUAAUACCCAGUUUUACCAGCAAGAAUCAUCCAAAUUGAGAAGACAGAUUCGAGAUAUUCAGAAUCUUAAUAGACACAUCCUUGGUGAAGCUCUAGGAUCUUUGAGUCUCAAGGAACUAAAGAAUCUUGAGGGUAGAUUGGAGAAAGGUUUGAGCAGAGUAAGAUCAAGAAAGCAUGAAACGUUGUUUGCUGAUGUGGAGUUCAUGCAAAAGCGGGAAAUUGAUCUGCAAAACCAGAACAAUUAUCUGCGAGCUAAGAUAGCUGAAUGUGAAAGAGCUCAACAACAGCAACAAAAUAUGAUGCCAGAAACAUAUUCUGAGUCCUUACCUUCACAAUCAUAUGACAGAAAUUUCUUUCCUGUAAAUCUUCUUGGAUCGGAUCAGCAGUAUUCACGCCAAGACCAAACUGCUCUCCAACUUGUCUGAUCAUCAUAUGCUGGAAAAGGCCAAUAUGGAAGUUAUGAAACUAUCUUCAAAUCGUUUAAUCAGCUACUUGAAUUGAAUAGUUGCAUGUAGUGUGUCUAUAUAGUAAAGAACCAUACAUGCCUCUGUUUUUAUUUAACUGUUGCCUUUAGAAUUUACUUUACUAAUAGAGUUCUUUAAGACUUUGAACUAGAAAAGAACAUGAAUUUGCGACCAUACGUCAUAUAAUAAUAUUGUUUUAUGUAUCUUUUAAUAACUACUAGUUUCUAAACAUCACUCUUUGUAUUGUUUA